UGCAUCCGUCCAACUCGCCCUGCAAUUCCCCAUCUGCCCCCCCUCGACUUCUUCCUCCCCUUCCUCGCUUCCUCCACACCCCUCUCGGCAGUUCACGCGGCGCAACCUGCUUGUGGCAGCUGGGGCUUUCAAACACUCCGACCCCACACCUUGA